CGGGACCGUGACGUCAGCGCAGCGCGCGGGGCCCGGCGACGGCGAGCUGGAAACGAUGGCCAUGGCACUGAGAUGCUUUCGGCACCUGCAUUCCCUGCUGUAUUGUUCCCCGUUGGCCAUGAUGCGGAGGCUGCCGCAGGCUCCUGUGGGCUGCCCAGCCCCACUGCUGGAGGGCUGCAGGCGGUGUGUCCGCCAGGUGCUGCUGACCCGGCAGCUGGCCACCAAAAAAGCUAAAGGUAAAGGACAGACUCAAGCCAGAGUGAAUAUCAAUGCUGCUGUAGUUGAAGAUAUUAUCAAUUUGGAGGAAACCAAUGAAGAGAUGCAGGCAGUGGUAGAAGCUCUGAAAGAAGAUUUCAACAGAAAUGUCAGCGUUAGAACCUCGCCAGGGGCCCUUGAUCACAUAAUUGUUGUGACGAAAGAUGGGAAGUUUCCGCUGAACCAGCUUGGGCAAAUCUCACUGAAGUCACCUCAGCUCAUCAUAGUCAACAUGACCAAUUUUCCAGAGAGCACAGCUGCAGCUAUGAAGGCUAUAAGGGAGAGCAGAAUGAACCUGAACCCGGAAGUGGAUGGGACGCUAAUUCGGGUGCCGAUUCCGAAGGUCACCAGAGAGCACAGGGAGAGCCUGGCCAAGCUUGCCAAACAGUCCACCAACAAAUCCAAAGACGCCUUGAGAAAGGUGCGAAGCAGAAGCAUGAACCAGGUAAAGAAGUUCAAGAGCAAAGUGUCUGAAGAUACCAUCUGGCUGCUAGAAAAGCAGAUCCAGCAAAUGGCAGACAAUGCUGCAGCAGAGAUGGACAAGCUGCUGGCAGCAAAGACCAAGGAGCUGCUUGGAUAAAUGUCAUCCGUAUGGACAUGCUCUCCCCCCCACAAGCAAGAACGGACUGCCACUACCCCACUGGCCAUCUCUGCCUGGAGUCAGGCAGCCUCAGGUGACAGACACUGAUGGGUCUCCCAGACCUCCAGAGCAGAUCUGGGCUUUGGGAUUCCCUGGCCACUGGGAUUCCUGAACCUGGAUUGUGCUGGAGGGAAGGGGGAAGCUCUCCUUGCUGUUCUUCAUUCAGGCAUGAACUGAAUUGGGUGAAGUAAGAUUGAAAAUAAAAUAACACUGAGGA